GAUAAUGAAGAGACACAAAUUACUGAUAACUGAGUUGCCAGUUUUCCUUGCUCGCUCGCUUGACAAUGGUUGCAAUCUCUCUGUUUAAGCCAGAAGACGAAAAAGCUCCAAUUAGCCAUGUAGAACAUCAUCCUCUUGCAGGAAAUCAUUGCUCAGAACAUGCAUGCAGAGAACAAAAACGAUUCAAUCUACAGAAAAGACACUUGGUACUUUUUACCAUUUGGCUAAUGUUUAUUAUUUUUGUUGUGCCUCUGUUUACAAAACUUCAAGCGGAAAAAGUGAGUCGUAGAGCACAUACCAACGAAAGAGGGAUUCAAAAUAUUGCCAAAGAGUACAUUGCUUACACCGAGAAAUUCGACAAAAGCUAUGCCACCAGUCAAGAGUCAUUGAAACGAUUAAAUGCAUAUUACAACACCGAUGAAAACAUUGCCAAUUGGAACAUCCAAAAUGAACAUGGAUCAGCUGAAUAUGGUCACAACGACAUGUCGGACUGGACAGAUGAGGAAUUCGAGAAGACCCUUCUACCAAAAUCGUUCUACAAAAGACUCCACAAAGAGGCUGAAUUCAUCGAGCCAAUUCCAGAAUCCUUGACAGCGAAGAAGGGAGAAAGCAGCUCCCCAUUCCCAGACUUUUUCGACUGGAGAGACAAAAAUGUUAUCACCCCUGUCAAGGCACAAGGUCAGUGUGGAAGUUGCUGGGCCUUCGCUUCUACCGCCACUGUCGAGGCAGCAUGGGCUAUCGCACACGGUGAGAAGAGAAACUUGUCGGAGCAGACCCUUCUUGAUUGCGACUUGGUUGAUAACGCAUGCGACGGAGGAGACGAGGACAAGGCAUUCAGAUACAUUCAUCGCAAUGGACUUGCAAAUGCAGUCGAUCUUCCAUAUGUAGCUCAUCGCCAAAAUGGUUGUGCAGUCAACGAUCACUGGAAUACAACCAGAAUUAAGGCAGCUUACUUCCUUCAUCAUGACGAGGAUUCUAUCAUUAACUGGCUAGUGAAUUUCGGGCCUGUGAAUAUUGGAAUGGCGGUUAUUCAGCCUAUGAGAGCAUACAAAGGAGGAGUUUUCACACCAUCCGAAUAUGCAUGCAAGAACGAGGUAAUCGGACUGCAUGCACUUCUCAUCACUGGUUACGGAACAAGCAAGACUGGUGAAAAAUACUGGAUUGUGAAGAACAGUUGGGGAAACACUUGGGGAGUUGAACAUGGUUACAUCUACUUUGCACGUGGUAUCAAUGCGUGCGGAAUUGAAGACGAGCCAAUUGGAAUUCUUGCUUAAUUUGUGGUUUAAUUCUUAACAUUUCCCUUGUUAGUUUUUGAGUGUUGUUUGUAUCUGAAAAUUCGUUUUCUCGCAAAAUUCCCUUUUACUCUGAUCGCGUUUUUUUCUUGCGUUUUUCUCUUAUGAUGAAUCUUCUUCAGUUGCCAUAUUACAA